AGAAAAUGUCCAAGAUGAGGAAAGAAAAGGAAAUUGAAUUGUUCGAGUGAGUAUUUUUCACGAGUGCAACACGUUGAGCGAUGUGGUUUAGUCGGGGACCCGGGGUGAAAAAUUUCACACUUUCAAUUUAACUUUUUUUCAUUUUUGCAAAAGGUGUGGCGAUAAUAUAUGACUCAAUAUUAUUACAAAACCAAGAAGGUUGGAAUUCACCCAUGCUUUACCCAAUUAUCUAUAGCUGAACAGUACCUACAAUCUUAAAUUUGGGAAUCUUGGGGACACGAACUGAUAGGUUCUGGAAAUUUGUUACGGUAUAUACGCGGACUGAAAUUGAGAACACUAAUUUUAACAUCACUGUCUGGUAUAGUAAACUUAACUCUAAUGAAUAAAUACGUGUAUUUUAAUAUGCAGUAUUACUGAAUGUAUAACCUGGAAUUCAGUUUUUAUUCAGUUUUUAAAACUUGUUGCAGUAUAAAAACUGAAUUCCAGGUUAUACAUUCAGUAAUACUGCAUAUUAAAAUAUACGUAUUUAUACAUUAGAGUUAAGUUUACUAUACCAGACAGUAUGUUAAAACUAGUGUUCUCAAUUUCAGUCCGCGUAUACCGUAACAAAUUUUCCGAAUCUAUCAGUUCGCGUCCUUAUAUUUUCCCCAAGAUUCCUAGAUUUAAGAUUGUACAUGCAGUACUGUCCAGCUAUGGAUAAUUGGGUAAAGUGGGUGAAUUCUAACUUUCUCGGCUUUGGCGGUGCAAUCUGCUUUGACGGCAAUGAUAACUAUAAAUCGUUCAAUAAACCGGGUAACUAUACACUGGAAAAUUUUUUGAAAAUCCAUAGAAUGGAAAUCGUAUGGACCUAUAUUGGAAAUAGAAUGGAUUUUUGAUUAUCCAUAAUAUUUGUAUAUUUCCAUAUAUACUAUGGAUAUUGUAUCGAAAUAGUAUGGAUAAUGGAUAUACUAUGGAUUUAGUGGUGCAAUUUGAAAUGUAUGUAUGUAUUUCACUUUUUUUCCCUACAUGCAGUGACUAACUUUCUGGUAAACCGCUUCAGCAAUAUGUAUUGGCGCCAAUGGGUAAUCACACAUCAGUGCUCCUUGCAGAACACUUCAAGAGCAUAAUAUACUGAGAGGGUGCGAAGUAAACUUGUAUAAUAAAAAUGAAAUAAAUAGAGGAUAUUACACGGCGACGCGGAAAUACCAGAUUUAUUUCUCGUGUUGAACAUGAUAUCUCACGAGUGAGCGCAGCGAACGAGUGAGAUAUCAUGUUCAACACGAGAAAUAAAUCUGGUAUUUCCAAGCACCCAUGUACUUUUCUGUUUAUUAUAUAAACAAAAUUCAGUGAAAAACAAUGAAUCGUUCGUGGCAAUGUGUUUUACAACAAAUGAUAUUUUCACACCUAAAAAUAUCGUAUUUUUUACGUGUGUUUAAAUACGAUUUUUCUCAGUGGCCAAAAACUCUAUAUAACACUUAAGUUUAUAUAAUAAAUAUUGUUAUGUUUCAGGCAAUUUCAAGAACAUACUGAAAAGAUGCGCAGUAAACUUGCAGUUGAAAUGAAACAAAAAGUUAAUGAUGAAGAUGAUCGUCUAGCUAAAGCUGUGGCUGAACGAGACGACAAGUUGGCGAAAGAAGAACAGGCUAAACAAGAAAAAGAAUUGCUCACAAAAAAAUCGAUUCAUCAACACAGAAUAGACAAAGUAAGUACAUUAAUAUGCCUUGGAAUUAUAUAUUAUAUGCCUUGGAAUUUUUAACAGAUAGUUUCAAAGCAAAGUUUCUACGGAGUUACCCAACCGUUAUUGCCAUUGCUGUAACAUUAGUAAAUCAUCUGAUUUACAACCAACUCCUCGACUCAAAUAUUUGAACUUUCUAACCAGAUCCACGUGAAAUCCAUUAUCUUCACAAUUUAGACAAAAGAUAGAGAGAAAAAACUCCGAGAGGAUCUUGAAAAUGAUAAACAUCUCUUGAAGCUUCGAGUAGAAUCUGAUAAAAAGGUUAGUUUCUCGUAUUCGUUUUUAGUUGUUCUCCAACUCCUUUAUGGAUACUUUCCACUAUUAAGCGCAACAGGCUUUAUAAGGAUAGAAGGCUGCGGAUUGAUAGGGAUACAACUACCUGAAAAAUAUGAGGAGAACUUCGACGUUCCGAGCGAAUUAAAUCGAAGGCCCCGAUUAUUUAUUCCCGGAGAAAGUUUACAUGCACGAUGCAACCUUUCGACAUUAUAUUCCAGUGUAGUGAUUUCAUCAGAGGUGAUCGGAAAUCAUGUGGCUCUUUAACCCUAGGGAUGACCUUAUAGUACCCCCAACUUGAUCAAUUAAGAUACUCUUGCAUGUGGGAGAUAGCUCCAUGCAAUGCUGUCCUCAAGUAUCCUAACACCUCAGGCGGUUUGCGCAUAACGACCGCUAAGCAUAAUGGUAGAAAGUAGACAUCGCUUCAUUUGCAUUUUCAGCGCAUAGUCUUCGUCAGCACUCAAAAUCGUUCAAUCGUGUUUGUGUAAUAAAUUCAUGAAACUUUAAACGCUUCGUGUAUCCAAUACACCACCACACGUUGUUUGCGUGUAGUCGGCGUGUACAGUAGAAAAUGAGGAUAUGCGGUUUCAGAAAUAUUCCCCGAAAAGCCCAUAAUUUAUUGCGUGUAUUUAUUGUGCGUAUAUUUAUUGUACACAAUAAUACCAUGCAAUAUUGUAUACAUACAAAUCUUAGUGCGAAAUAUCAUUUGAGAGUUGAACCGUCAACUAAUGUUAAUUUGACAAUAUUGUACGUCCAACAGUCGACGAUUCACGGCUCAAAAUUAGUUUACAGUAGAAACUAAACUUGCGCUGGUACCUUGCCUGCCUCGUAACCAGGCGCUAUGUAUUGUUGCUAUGGCUCGCGUGGCCUUUGCGUGCUUUUACGUUUUUCCUCUUUUCCAUCAUUCACAUUCACAACAUGAUGAUCCACGGUCUAUGUACCACACUUCAUGUAAUACACGCCAUAACGUCCGAUUGUUGCUGCACGGUCAUGAAAAUGUUCCCACACAAUCGCAUAUUUUGGUUGACACAUAGUCUGCCAAUGUCGAUUUUUCUUUGACGUUCAAAUUUGAAUUAGCUCUUUGGCAACUGGCUUUUGUUUUUGGUAGCUGUCUGUACUCAGGAAAUUGAUGUGUGAUGUAUAGCAUAUUUUUUAUCUAGCAAUAUAAUUAAUUACAUAUAUUGUUUACUUCAUAGUAUCAAAAAGAAGAAGAAAUUAAGCUAUCCAUGCAACGUGGUUAUGCUAAAAAGUUAAAAAACGUACACGAGGAACAAAUGGUAUGAAUAUUUUUUAUGUUUGUUAGUUAUGUGUGUACUGGAUAUCUAAAUCCUGGUUUUUCAUUAAUUUGAAAAAAUCGAGAUUGUUUUUCCUUCGUGCUCAUCAUAUUCAAUAUUACAGUAGCUACGUGUUUUAUACAACCAGGUCCAGACUUAUUACUUGCAAAUUCACUGGUUUAGUACAGUAUAUCUUUGUUCGCUGGAGACCUCGUUUUCACUAGAGCAAAAGAUUCCGGAUUCACUAAAAUUUCCAGAUCCGAGUGUACCUGUACCGCUGUACGUUUACACUGCAACAGUGUGAAGACAGAUUUUGGAUAGCAGCGUUUACAUUAGACGAAUAACAAACAAAAACUUUCUAUAAAUUCAUGCAGUAGUCGGAUUAGUGUAAAGUAAAAGUAGUAUACAUGCACAUAGGUACAAAUAAGCGAAGAAAGUACCUACUGCCACCAGAAAAGGUCGCGGAUUCGUUGAGGUCACCAUUUUCUCGGAAUCAAAUGUUUCCGGAAAUAAGGUUUCUACUUCUUUUCUGGAUAAAAAUUUUCCGGAUACGGCUGAUUCCAUAUCGGAUCUGCCGCUGCGUGUGUAAACGACAACAUAAAUCCGGCAUUAAAUAAAACGUUUCCGGAAUCUUUUGAGUAUUAGAAUUGAAGAAUAGCCUGAUUAGGGGAACUUAGCUAUAUAACAAGGGAUUUUUAAUCGUCAAAUACAUUGAAACUGCGAUAUAAUGUAAUUAUGUGUUGUAGAAUGAAAAGGUGGAUCGCAAGAAUGGACAAGUGAAGGAGAAUUUAAAUUUUGAUCAUGAAAAUGCAAGACUGAUGGCAGAAGAAGAAGCUUACUUCCAAGAGUACGCCAACAAAGUUUUGAGUGAACAAAAAAUCAAGGAUCCCUCUGGUAAUCAUUUUCCAUUAAUCAAAGCAGCUGACGAAGGUCCUGGAGGAGGGUGUGGCCCGAAGUUUGAGGGCAAGAGUGGAUACCGUCCUAGUUAUAUAGUAUGCGACAGUACUGGUGUACAGUUACCUAAUUACUCUCAGGACACUGCAGCACGCUGUAAAAUACAAGGACGUCCUGGUCAAUCAUUCAAACGGCUUGGUUUUAACUGGUGAAAAUACCUAACAAUGACUGUAAUGAAGUAAAUAUCUGUAAAUAAACUUGAUGUACAUCAUUCUUUAAAUAGCUUGGAAAUGUCUAUAUGUUUCUUCUUUUUUCACUAACAGUGGUGGUUUUGGGUAAGCGAGACAGUGCAACAGAUGAUGGUCAACAGAUGUGUUGACACUCCUUGAAGCGAGAAAUUUAGUUUAUCUCUUGUUUUCCUUCCAAUACAGGUCUGUUCAUUUGCUGCCCGUAUAAUGGUGCGUAGUGAAACCUACCUAAUAUAGGAACUGAAAACAUUACGCCUGUAGAUUAUUUUUAUGUGGAGGUAAAUAUAGCUUAAGGCCGUUUUCCACGAGGCGGAAUUUUCCGCGCGGAGCGGAAUAUUUCUUUGUCUUGUGAUUUCUCGGGUCUAAUGAAUUUGAAUUUGUACUCGAGUAAAGUGUAGAAUUAAUUAACAAUAAAACGACUUGAGUAAGAG